UAUGUGCAUUUAUGUAUUUCUAAUUUUGGCAUGUUUGGUCCUCCAUACCUCUCAAGUCUGUUUUGUCUUGUUGUCUGUUGAGUUACUGAGACGUGUCUUAUCUCCACCUCAUAAUGCGCAUGCGUGAUCCAAUCUGAGCCUUGCGAAAAGCUGUUAGAUUCAGAACUCGACCGUCGUGUGCGGGACUCUGUUUCCAUGAUGUUGUCCUUGCCGAAGUGAAACGAAAAAUACUUUUUGGUGUCUUGCUCAAGGGGCGAACAUGCUUGCACGUUUCCUUGGUGACUGAUCUCGACGAGCAACGGAUUUCAACCUGUGGAUAGUGCAUGUCGCGCGUCAGGAGAUUACAGUGGCAGGCCAGUCCUCCAGCCUUAGUGAUCCGGGACGCUCUCCUCUCUAGACUGCUGCGUGCUUGAUUGUUUCCCGGCGUCGGUCUGUGGCGCGCUGUGUGGUCCAGUGUCUAGUUUAUGAAUGGCCCUGACAUGGAGGAAAUUCCGUUUCAGAAAGUCAAAACCCGGCGGAAGAAAAGCCAUUGUCCACCAGGCGUCCCUCUGACUACCAUCGCAUGCGAGGAUGAGUUCGACUGCAAGGAGCUGGAGUCUCUGUUCCAGAACUACAAUCUAAAGCUGGAGCAGACGUCCACUCUCAAAGCCCUGGCGGUGCUCAUCGUCAUGGCAUCGACGCUGGCGGUGGUGGAGUUGCUGUCCGGCCCCAAUCUGACCAUCUCCAAGGGGUCCCAUCCGGUACAUUGUAUCGUCUUCGUGUCCCUCUUCAUUGUCACCAAUGUCAAAUACCUUCAGGUGACCCAGCUCCAGCAGAUCGUCAACCUGACCUUGCUCUUCGGCUUCACCUUCUCGUUCCUCUGCUGUCCCUUCUCCCUCGGCGCGGUGGGGCUGGAGCCCCCGACCAACCCGGAGCGAGGCAUGUGGCAGCUCAUGCUGGUUACAUUCGUUGCCUACUCGCUCCUGCCGGUGCGGACUCUGUUAGCAGUGAUGUUUGGAAUAAUGAUUGCCAUCUCUCAUAUAAUUGUGACAGCCACCUCCGUGACAGUUGAGACGCAGAAAUUAUGGAGAACGCUGGUGGCCAACACAGUGCUGUUUACCAGUGUGAACCUCUCUGGAUUGUUUGUGCGCAUCCUGACUGAGCGAGCACAGAGGAAGGCUUUCCUACAGGCACGCAACUGCAUCGAGGAGAGGCUACGCAUGGAGGAUGAGAAUGAGAAACAGGAGCGACUUCUGAUGAGUUUGUUGCCCAGGAACGUGGCGAUGGAGAUGAAAGAAGACUUCCUGAAGCCUCCUGAAAGGAUCUUCCACAAGAUCUACAUCCAACGCCACGACAACGUCAGCAUCCUGUUUGCUGACAUUGUGGGGUUUACCAGCCUGGCGUCUCAGUGCACAGCCCAGGAGCUGGUCAAACUUCUCAAUGAGCUCUUUGGGAAGUUUGAUGAACUGGCCACGGAGAACCAUUGUAGGCGUAUAAAGAUCCUGGGAGACUGUUACUACUGUGUGUCAGGUCUGACCCAGCCCAAGACUGACCAUGCCCACUGCUGUGUAGAGAUGGGCCUGGACAUGAUUGACACCAUCACAUCAGUAGCGGAGGCCACGGAGGUGAAUCUGAACAUGCGUGUGGGUCUCCACACGGGCCGGGUGUUGUGUGGGGUCCUGGGACUGAGGAAGUGGCAGUAUGACGUGUGGUCCAACGACGUCACACUGGCCAACGUGAUGGAGGCAGGGGGACUGCCUGGGAAGGUCCACAUCACCAAGGCGACCCUGGACUCCCUGAAUGGAGACUAUGAGGUAGAACCUGGCAACGGCCACGAGAGAAACGCCUUCCUCCUCAAACACCAGAUUGAGACCUUCUUCAUUGUACCAUCUCACCGACGGAAGAUCUUCCCAGGAUUGAUUCUCUCGGAUAUAAAACCUGCCAAGAAGAUGAAGUUUAAGACCGUGUGCUACCUGCUGGUGCAGCUCAUGCACUGUAGGAAGAUGUUCAAGGCCGAGAUCCCCUUCUCAAACGCCAUGAACUGUGAGGACGGCGACAAGCGGAGGGCCCUGCGGACGGCUCCAGAGAAGCUGCGGAACCGGACGUCGAUGUCGGCUAACGUGACCCAGGCCAGUCCCGGAACACGGGUCAACCGCUACAUUGGUCGCCUAAUCGAGGCGAGGCAGACAGAGUCAGACACAGCUGACCUCAACUUCCUCACACUCAUGUAUAAGUGCUCUGAGCGCGAGCAGAGGUACCACCAGCUCCAUGAUGAGUACUUCACCAGCGCCGUGGUCCUCUCUCUAAUUCUAGCUGCCUUGUUCGGCCUUGUCUACCUUCUCAUCCUACCACAGGGAACAGUGGUCCUGGUCCUACUGGUCUUCUGCAUCUGUUUCCUAGUAGUUUGUAUCAUGUACCUGCAUGUCACAAAAUUCCAGUGUUUUCCAGGCUGCCUCACCAUUCAGAUCCGUACUGUUCUGUGUGUUCUCAUAGUGCUCUUAAUCUAUGCUGUUGCCCAGGCCUGUGUGGUGGGCUGCAUGCCAUGGCUGUGGGGCAGUGCCCACCACUCUAACAGUUCCAUUGUCAUCAUUGACACGAGCGACGGUGCCAACCGCACCGCGAUGGAGCUGCCGUGCGACGGUGUCCGCUAUGCCUUCCUGUCGUGCAUUGUGGGCACGCUGACACUGGCGCUCUUCCUGCGCGUCUCCUGGAUGCCAAAGAUGGCCCUGUUGCUCCUGCUGGGGGUGCUGUAUGUCACUGUGCUGGAGCUCAGUGGAUUCAGACACACCGCCGGUGGGGGGUCUAAUCUCCAGAUCCAGGGCUAUGAGCCCAUCCUGUCCCUGCUGCUGUUCACCAGUGCCCUGGCCCUCCACUCCAGACAGCUGGACCUCAAACUACGACUGGACUUCCUUUGGGCCACACAGGCGGAGGAGGAGAGGGACGGCAUGGAGAAGGUCAAGCUGGACAACAGGAGGAUUCUCUUCAACCUGCUUCCUGCUCAUGUGGCUCAACACUUCCUCCUGUCCAACCCCAGAAACAUGGAUCUGUAUUACCAGUCCUAUGCCCAAGUCGGAGUGCUGUUUGCUUCCAUCCCCAACUUCAAUGACUUCUACAUUGAGCUGGAUGGGAACAACAUGGGAGUGGAGUGUCUGAGGCUACUCAAUGAAAUCAUCGCAGAUUUUGACGAGCUCAUGGAUAAAGAAUGCUAUAAGGACAUAGAGAAGAUCAAAACCAUUGGCAGCACAUAUAUGGCAGCUGUGGGUCUAGUCCCCACCAUCGGAACAAAGGAAAAAAAAUCUGUCUAUGAUCACCUGAGCACAGUGGCAGACUAUGCUAUUGAGAUGUUCGAUGUGCUGGAUGAAAUCAACUACCAGUCAUACAACGACUUUGUCCUGAGAGUAGGUAUCAACGUGGGUCCAGUGGUGGCGGGGGUGAUCGGGGCCAGGAGGCCUCAGUAUGAUAUCUGGGGGAACACAGUGAACGUGGCCAGCCGCAUGGACAGCACCGGAGUCCCUGGCAAGAUACAGGUAACAGAGGAUGUGUACCGGAUCCUGGGGGAUAACUAUGACCUGGUGUGCCGGGGCAAGGUCAGCGUGAAGGGUAAGGGUGAGAUGCUCACAUACUUCCUGGAGGGAAAGGUCCACAGCACCGGCUGUGCCCCCACGUCCUCUGUGGUGCGCUCUGCCAGCCUGAACCGCCGCGCCCACUCCUGCGGCAAGGCCAGCGUUCCCACCAAACUGGGCAGCGUCAACUCUGUCGCCAGCUUCACCGUCCGUGCUAGCAUGGUUAGCCUCGGUGGCAUGGGUAACAGCAGCUCUAGCCCCGGUGUCAACGUCCACCCCACGCAAUGCUUGCCCUCGCACUGCGUGCCUACUCUGGGAGAGGAGGAGGAAGAAGAGGAGACAGAGGUAGAUGUGGGAGGAGUGGCUGUGUAGGUAGGUGGAGAGAAGAAGCGCUGCACUAUUGUAAACUUGAGGUCCAGGGUCCUGGGCUAUAACAUCCAUCAGGACUAGAUCCACUGAGGGUCCCACUACAGAAUGAACCACGGUCUCCUGUGGGUAACUGGGAUACUGGGACAGUCCACUGCACAAUGGAUCAAUGGAGGGAUGCUCCUCCGGGAGCUACCUGGUUCUGAGGAUGGUCAGAUUGGAUAUCUGGACAAUCACACCAAGUAUAAAAUCCCAAUUGCAAUCAACCUGCGGACUUGAUUGGGUUUGUGUACGUUUUUGUGACAGUAGUUGCGACUUGCCACCGUUUGGAACCACAUACAAUCAACUGAAGGAUUCCAGCUUCCAGGAUUGGAACACCAUGCUCCUGAUGACAUAAGGGUGGCAGUCAGGUGACAGUGUGUCGUCCCUCUGUGUGUGCACAGUCCCAACAAGGGGUCAUGCACACAAAACCCAGUAUUAUCCACAUAUAAGAGGACUGAUCAUGUUAUUAAUGCUUUUCUAUGUCUUCUUCUCUGAUUAUGCCAAGGAUACAUUCCAUCCUUCACAGUGUAAAUACAAUCUGUGUACUGUACGUAUGGUAUGCAUGCAAGUGUGUAUUUCUACACAAAUAUUUAUAUGUGUGUGUGCAUGUGGGUGUUCUUAAAUCUUAAACAAAUUAGCACAAAUAGGUUUUUAUACAUUCAAUUUUCAAAAUCUCAAAAGGCUUUUGAAAGGUUUUCGGCAGUUCACGAACUGUUAGUGCUGCUCAUACUGCUGGGAUAGAUUGACUGGUCCGGUUCCCCGUCGAGCGCAAACCAAAGCAAUGAGCUUCUUUUAAGAUCCUGUGGUUUAGUACAUCGUCCUUCACGGCAGGAGCACAAAUGCCAUCUAGGUCUCUGGAUUUCUAGAGCAACGAGGGAAAAAGUCAUUCAGGCAAUUUUUUUCUCCCAGAAACACUCAAUAGGCAGGAUAUAUGGUUUACUGCAUAUUACCUUUUUUUAUGUCUCAUGGAUCCAAACAAACAUGUAUCGGAUGAGGGUAAGUAACAUAGUAUUAUUUCUAAUGUAGGCAACCGGGAGAAAUACACACACUUUGUUUGCUUCUGUGACCUUGUUGAGCUCGUGUAUUGAUCAAGGCUUGUUAUUCGUCCAUUGCUCUGCUCUGAUAAGGAUUACGUGUGGGAGUGUGUGUCCUGUGUUGGCUACACAAGCAGCAGGCUGCGGCCAAGGCUUUGAAAGUGAGGUCGGUACGAGAGGUAUUGGGUAAAGUACAUUGGCUUUGACCCACAGAGCGAUAAGGAUGCCCUUAUCCCCGAGUCCGACUGACGUGCGCUGUAGAACUCUAGUGAAUGCCAAACCCGGUGCGGCCGUGUUAGUGUCAACGGUACGUUUACACACGUUCUGUACGUCUUACAUACACACAUCCAGCGACAUACACAUGCUCACACCUUCACACAUGCACUUACACAAACCCCCCCCCACACACACACACAGACAUGCACCCCUGUGCACAUCACACACACACACACACAAAUCUGUAUUCUGCAAAUAAGUAUAGACUUAGCAACCUACGUAGGAGCUGUAGAAUCACAGUUUCCAGCUCCCAUACCGUAGAUUAAGCCUGGCCAUUAGAGAGAUACAGUAGGUGACGACUUUCACUCGAUCUGCAGUUCCAGUUUCAAGUAUUUUGCCUUACUUCUAAGAAAGCUUACCGUGAUUGAAACAUGCCUUUUUAGCUCAUCAGUUUGAUACACAGACAAUGGUACAUUUGUAAAUAGAUUACUACAGCUAUAAACAGCUAUAAACGACGUAUCUUGUACAGUUAUCUCCGUUUACAGUUUAUUUUGUAAUAAACACAUUGUUGA